CUUUUUUUAUUUUUAUUUUUCAGCGCAAAAUCACUUUGACUUCAUGUAUUUUAAUCAAGAGAAAAUAAAUAAUAUAUUCAAAAGGGACUAGUUUGGGAGCCAUGAAGUAGCAAUAUUUUGCCUAGGGGUGGUGCAUACAAGAAAGGGAUGGGAAGGGAGGGCAUGGAAAAGGAGGGGCGCUGGGGCGACAGAGACCCACGCUCCGAGUUGAGUCGGAGGGAAAAGUUGCCCCUGUCCUGCGCGCGGAGCGUCCCGAGUCGUGCGGCGGCGGCAGUGGCAGUGGCAGUGGCAGUGGCAGGAGGUGGCGGCGGGGGGAGCCGCGUCCGGUCCGGGCAGCGGCUCGGGCUCGGGGCCGGGGGCCCAACUCCGCCCGGCGCUUCCCGGCCCGCGGCCUCCACGGCUCUGCGCAGCGUGGGCUCGUCCCGGCACCGAAACUUUCACUCGGGGAAGCGAACGGGACACGAGCGACCAGGAGCAGGCUCCACCCGGAUGGCGCUGGGGACGCGCGUCCACGCAGCCCUGCUCCGUGGAGCCCAGGGGCCGGCUCGCCGCCGCCCGCACGCGUCCGAGGGGCGCUGUCCCGGCCGGGGCCGGGGACAGGGACGCCGGCCCGCGUCGGUCUCGCGGCCGGACCGCAAAGGCUGACAAACAAUAAACAAAAGAAAAAAAAUUGUUAAAGGGAUGCCCCCUCGGAAGGAGAGACAUUCUGGUCCACCACCGCCUGCCCAGAACUGGACACAGUCUAUCAUCGCCGUCCCUGGGCCUGGGACACCUCUGGAAGGGUGCCUUUUAAGAAUCCCCUCUUUUUCCCUCCCCCAGGUAAUAGUUCUUAAAAUGGAAAAGAGCUUCCUGCAAUUAUUUUAGGUUUGCUAAAGUAUUGUUUUGGCAGAAAAGGGGGGUGGUUUUUAGGGUUUGGCCAGUUGCCAAUAAGCCUGCUUUUCCAGUUUUUUUUUUUUUUUUAAACCUCGUAU